AUGCCACAAAUUAUGUUAAUGAAAGCUGAAUAUUUAGUUUUACUUAGUUUAUUACUAACAACUGUUGUUAUUACCAAUGCUUUUUAUAUAAAAAAACAAUUUUAUCCAUCAGUUGUGUAUUUAACAAAGUCAAGUACAAGUCUUGCGGUUCUUUAUGUUCAAGCAUUUGUAUUUGUUAUUUUGUUUGGUAAACUUGUUCAACGAAUAUUUCUUGGACAACUUCGAGCUAUUGAAACUGAACAUCUUUAUGAUCGUGCAUGGUUUUCUAUAACAGAAACAUGUUUAGCAUUUACUGUAUUUCGUGAUGAUUUCAGUCCACGUUUUGUAGCGUUAUUUGCAAUUUUACUUUUUCUUAAAUGUUUUCAUUGGCUAUUAGAAGAUCGUGUUGAUUAUAUGGAACAAAGUCCUGUUCUUGGAACAAUAUUUCAUGCAAGAGUUGUCGGACUUUUAAGUGUUUUAUGUCUUCUCGAUUAUUUAUUUAUUUCAUCAGCUUAUAUGCAUACAAUAGCAAAAGGAGCUUCUGUUCAAAUCGUUUUUGGUUUUGAGUAUGCUAUUCUACUUGUUUCUGUUAUCUCAACUGCAAUAAAAUAUAUACUUCAUUCAAUUGAAAUUCGUGCCGGUGAACAAUGGGAGAAUAAAGGUGUAUUUAUGCUUUAUUCGGAUUUAAUUCUUGGAUUUUUUCGUCUCACACUUUACAUGAUAUUUAUAAUAGUUAUGAUGAAAAUUCAUACAUUUCCAUUAUUUGCUAUUCGACCAAUGUUUAUUGCAAUGAGAUCAUUCCGUAAAUCAUGUAAUGAUGUCCUUGAAUCACGACGUGCUAUUCGUAAUUUAAAUACAAUGUAUCCUGAUUUAACGGCUGAAGAACUUGCUAAUGUUGCUGAUACAACAUGUAUAAUAUGUCGAGAAGAAAUGCAAGUACAACAAAGUAUUAAACGUCUUUCUUGUCAACAUAUAUUUCAUAAAAAUUGUUUACGUUCAUGGUUUCAACGACAACAAACUUGUCCUAUUUGUCGAACUACUGUUUUACGCCCUACACCUCCUCGAGCAGGCGGAGUAGCUGCAGGUGCAGCAGCAGCACCGCCACCACCACCACCUAAUGGUCAACCAGCUGCAGCUUCGCAAGCACAAGCUCAAAUACCUGUAUCUCCGGUUAGAUUUGUUGCACCGCCGCCACUUUCUCCUUCAGCUUCAGCUGCACCAACUAGUUCUAGCUCUACAUCAAAUAAUACAACAACAACUCAAACGUCACCACCAAAUUCUAAUACAAUGGGUGUCGGAAUAUUUCCACAAAUACCAUUUAAUCCAUGUCCUAUGGUAUUACCACCAUUUGCUUUUCCUCCUCCACCUUUACCACCAACUGAUUUUACUGGUAUGUCUGAAGAAACAAUUCGAGCAAUGGAAGGAACAGAAUUAGCUCAUGUUCAAGCACGUAUUCAAUGUUUACGUAAUGUAAGAACUUUAUUAGAUGCAUCAAUGAUACAAAUGCAACAAUAUAUGAAUAUUGUAUUAACACAAAGCAAUAUGGAAAAUGGUCCUCAUCUAUUAAGUAAUCUAAAAAAUGAUCUUGAUCAAGUUUUAUCAUCAUCAGAAAAUAAUAAUUCAACAAAUAAUAUAUUAAAUUCAAUGGAUGAAAAUGAUGCUGAUGUUAUACGUCGUCGACGUUUAGAACAUUAUGCAAAUAGAUUUUCUCCAUCAACAACAAAUCAAGAUAAUAACAAUAAUAAUAAUAAUGAUAGUUAA